GAGUAUAAGACAUCCGGUCAAGUCUUAUUCUCAUUCUCCCUGGCCUCAGUCGCUCUUGCUUCCUACGUCUGGACUGUCUGACUUGUGGCCUUGCUCCUGUCUAAGCCUUCUACUCUCUUUGUCAUUCGUUCGUUCGACUCUGGGGCUUCACUCGACUAUGGACUUCACACUGGGGCUAGUCUUACUCGUGGCGUUCACGCUCGUUCACGCUGCACCUACAGUUGACUUGGAGAAAAGACAAACCAUCACUGCGCUUUCGGCAGCUCAGAUCGCGUCCUUCAAACCAUUCACAUUUUAUGCGAGUACCGGGUACUGUCAACCAUCGGCGACUCUCACUUGGAGCUGUGGUGCAAACUGUCAAGCGAAUCCUUCGUUUGAACCGCUUGCAUCUGGUGGGGAUGGAAGUGAUACUCAGUUCUGGUAUGUGGGUUUCGACCCAACGCUACAAACCGUGAUCGUAUCUCAUCAAGGAACUGAUACGGGUGAAAUUUUAGCACUGCUCACGGAUGCUGAUAUUACCUUGAAACAAUUGGAUUCGACGCUGUUCCCCGGUCUAAGUUCUUCGAUCGAAGUUCAUGAAGGAUUUGCUGGUACUCAGUCUAGAUCUGCUCCUGAUGUCCUCUCAGCAGUGCAGACUGCGAUCACGAGAUUCAAAGCGACUCAGGUGACAAUCCUCGGACACUCACUGGGCGGAGCAAUCGCCUUGAUCGAUGCCGUUUAUUUACCUCUACACGUUUCCGGUGUUACUUUCAAAACUAUCACGUAUGGAAUGCCACGGGUUGGUAAUCAAGCUUUCGCGAACUACGUCGACGCACAUGUUUCUUUAAUACACAUCAACAACGAAGAGGAUAUUGUACCUAUCCUUCCAGGACGUUUCCUUGGAUAUGUCCACCCAUCUGGUGAAGUGCACAUUGAGGAUUCGGGUGAAUGGGCUUCGUGUCCAGGUCAAGAUAAUACGAACACUCAAUGCAUCGUCGGUGAUGUACCGAACAUCUUCGAGGGCGACGAGUCUGAUCAUGACGGUCCUUACGAUGGGGUGCUCAUGGGAUGCUAGAUGCUGAGGCAUCGCUCUGCUAUUAGCAAUGUUAUUCAAUUGGGUUGUUGAGUACUUGAUUUGUUUGUUUGUUUUGUACUAGGAAGGUCUGAACAGGAAUUUACAUACAGUCUGAAAUCGAUGCUGUCGGGUUUGGCUUGGCUUUUUUUCUUCCCCCGAUUUAUUGUCCCCGAGCGUCGCGCCCUAUGUUAGACAAUACCAGGCUUGGCUCGGAGCUCGCUGUAUGUCCACGUACAGUACAAACGCGUAGCGCGUCAACGG